AUGUCAACCAUUCCAAUCGUGAUUGUGAAGGUGAUUUUGUUGGUCAGUUUUGCUGUAGCUAGUGGUAUUGCUGCUGAUCAGACAGCACCUCGGGUAUGCAUUGAGGAUGGUUGCAUGCGCGGAUCGUGGAUGAGAAGCUUCCUUGGCCGUCGGUACCAAGCGUUCGUAGGAGUGCCCUUUGCAAAGCCACCCGUUGGGCCUCUACGCUUCGCUGGCCCAGUUCCGAAUGAGCCCUGGACGGAAACUGAAUUAGAUGCUACUGGUAACGUCCAACGGGAGCCAUGUAUUCAGCUGGACAUACUACUAUCCCAGCGCGGUGUCGAAGGAAGUGAAGAUUGCCUAUAUCUGAACGUGUACAGCCCAAUGACAUCCACUAAAGGAUCGAACAGCAGCAAUCAUGUACCUAUACCAACGCUGGUUUUUAUCCACCCUGGUGCCUUUAUGGUUGGUUACAACUCCCCGUUGAUGUAUAAUGCAGAAAAACUGAUGGACCACUCGGUCAUACUGGUGACGAUACCUUAUCGGUUGGGAGCUUUUGGUUUUUUGUCGACCAGCGAUGAAGCAGCCAGUGGAAAUUUCGGGCUCAAAGAUCAACGGUUGGCUUUGCAGUGGAUUCAAAAAAAUAUCCACGCAUUCGGAGGCGAUCCUAAACUAGUGACGCUCCUUGGAAGUAGUGCCGGUGGAGCGUCGGUUCAUCUUCAUCUUAUGCAUCUUCAAAAUGAAGGACUCUUCCAACGAGCGAUCAGUCUCAGUGGCAACGCAUUGGCGGCAUGGAGCACGCCAAAGAAAAACCCAGAGCAAACGGCUCGCAAACAAGCAGCACUCGUAGGCAUACAGAAUUCUGAUCAACUGACUACUUCCGAAUUGAUACAGGCUCUUCGAUCAGUAGAUGCUAACCAAAUUGCCAAGAGUUAUUCUGCUCUCACGGUAGGUCAGAGAAAAAACCGCUAUUUCUUUCAACAGAAUGGAUCCCCUUACCAUAUGUUACUGUACGGGCCGGUUAUCGAACCAUCCACCGUCGAAGAUGCAUUUCUUACCGCUCAUCCAAAAGAUUUAUGGUCUCACUCAGAAAAGUACCUCUCGGUACCGUGGCUUACCGGAAUCGUACCGAACGAUGGUUUUGUGUUCAGUUUUCCCAUCCUCAAAGAUGCAGCAUGCUCGCCGGACAUCAUAACCCACCAGAAAAGGAUGCUUUUCAACUUGCUAGGCGGUACGGAACGCCCGGACAUUUUCCCAUUUCUAAGCCAACGGUUUUCUACUAAAUUUACAUCCAUUGGCGAAUGCUUUACAAAGGACAACGUAGAUAUCCUCACGCAAAUCUUCAACGAGGCACUCUUCGCUUAUCCGCUUUUCCUCAGCGUACGCCAACAUUCCCACAACAAGCAACGACAGAAUCCACCCAUUUUCUUGUACAAGUUUAGCUAUAAAGGCGAACGAUCGUACUCCACCGUAUUCGUGACAGACGAUUCGUUAUCCCGUGAUUUUGGCAUUGUACAUGUCGAUGAUCUGCUCUACAUUUUCCGCAGUCCGGUGCUGUUUCCGACCACACGACGAAGCUCACCAGAUGCGAAAGCGUCACAACGGUUUAACGAGCUGCUCGUUCACUUCGCACGCACGGGAAUCGCCCCAAAUGGAAAGGACGUCGGCCAUCUGGAGGAUUCAUCGCAUGACCUAGAUACGAAUGAUGCUGAAUUUCCUCUUGCAUUCGAGUUGAUCAACACCAAUCGUACGGAUGAACCUGUUGCACAAAGAUUCGUUGAUCUUUACGAUGAGGAAAUGAUUAGCUUUUGGAAAUCUUAUUACGGUGACUAA